AUGGCCCAAGCGGACAGUGAUGACAGUAUAUCCGUGACCUCCACCGUAUUGAGUGAGGAACAGUCCGAGUACGAGGUGGACACCAUUCUCGCUGAGGACAACUCCGGAGAUGAGACCUACUAUCUCGUCAAGUGGCUUGGGUAUCCCGAAGAGAGGUGUACAUGGGAACCUGCCGACUCUUUCUCCACUGAGGAGACAUUAAGAGACUGGGCAGCAAAGAAAAGAUCUAUCGCCGACGGGAAACUCACGCCAUUCGAUACAGAUGCGUGGCAAGCCAGGGUCGAGGCGUUGGAAGCCCAGAAACAGGAAAGAAAGCGCCGAAGACAGGCCAAAAGGAGGCGACUAGGUCUGCUAAAUGCUGGCAUCGCACCUGUGGGCGCGACCCCGAUCUCUGGAGCUUCCAAAGUGAAUGCCUUGAGCACUAAGGUGAAUACAGAAGCGGGAACUUCUAACAAAAGGACUGCGCCAGAGUCCCCGGUUCAUGGUCGCGAACGUGAACAGAAACGCGUUAGCAUUUCUAUCCCCUCAAGACCGCGCCCGAAGCCUCCUCCAGUCCUCUUUGGCAGUAGUAAAUCACGGCCUGCCCCAGGCCCUGCUCGGGCUCAGAGACCUCAUAAUCCUGACUCCUUCAAGAGAUUCAAUCUGUCUACUCAAAGGAGAUACGAAAAGGCCAAGAAAGAUGAACCCCCACCAAAUACCGGCCAACUCGAAAUGUUUCGACCAUCAGAGUUCCCCGCCAGGUCCGGCGCCAAUUUGGCUGCGCUAGGUAGUCGCGGCUUGCGCAGGCCUGAAGGCUCUGCAGCUCAAGGUUCACCCCGAGCCCCGACAGUGGAUACGCAAGCUGGUUUGCCUAUGCGAUCUACCGAGACCUUUCACAACGACAGCCCAACGUCUCAGUCCCCGUCUUCCAGGGCCCCAGCUUUGUCGAACCCCCUUAACCCCGACUCCAGAACAAGUACUCGCAAACCGGACACACAGCGGGACGUUCCAAGAAGGAGGCCUGGCCCUUACGCGAAACGAAUACACCGACAACCAGACGUAUGGUGGAAUCCCGGGGAGGCCUUUGUCUUCCUCUACUACGGGCCAAACAGAGAAGAAAUCGGAGCAGCGAGGUUAUGUGGGCUCAAUAGGCUCACCUUAGACAGACUUGUCAAGUCUAAGAGGCUGACGCGCCAACUCAACAUCUGGUUCCAGCAUCUCUCCACCCUGGCAGAUUAUCAAAUACAAUGCGAUAGUUCUAGAAACGAUGUGAUCUGUAACGGCUGGGUCGAGGGGUUUGACCACACCGAGCCCAGUAUUUAUAGAUUCGCCAAAGAACUUAUGCAGAAAAACCUUGUGGCGAUAGCCUGUCCGGAUAACCCAUCCCAUGAUGCAUAUCUUCUCUAUCCACCGGAGACUCGUGACUUCGGAUUUUUGGGGCGUCACGCCAAAGAGCCACCAGACUUCUCUCUUCGCAUUGCUGUGAAAAGGUCUACAGAUUUUUUCCAGCAACCACCUCUUCCGGCCGAAGCUCCCAGAGCUCCCUCAAUGAUUCAAACUGCUCCAUCGGACAAACUUUCCCAUUCAUCAAACAGACCGGAACCGCCUCGGAGACAGCUCAGUGAUGACGUCCAUUUCAACACGGCUCCUUCAAACAACGCCAUCCAGCCAUCGCGGUCGGACCGACAAGGCCUAGCGGAACAACAGCCAAAAACCAUGCGCUCAAACUCCCCGGUGACUUCAGCAGAAUACGACAUAUCACCGGGUGGAGAGCGCAUGGAUAUUAGCGAUGACGAUGAACAGUCAUUAGCAGUAUCUAACAAGCCCGUUAUGCCUCCUUCUAAUGCUCCAGAGAAUGCGCGAGAGGUCGCGAACGAAAUGUUUCUGCAAAUGUUCGGAGUAACCUUCGAGAUGCUCGCAACCGUAGAUGGAAACCCGAAAUCGCCAUACUCGGAUUGUUUUUACAUAAUGCUUCCCAGAGAUCCUUCAGCAGCGAAAGAAUGGGAGAUACUCCGAGGAUUUCUUAAGGCAAACGGGGCACUCGUAUAUUCCAAUAUUAUUGAUGACGAUUGGGACAAGUUUCUGCGCAUCUCACCUGGGGUUAUCUUGGUUCACGAUAGCCACAUGUGUCAAUUUUCUGAACCAUGGUUCAAAGAGUUGACUCGCAGAUCGUCUUGGAGGUAUUCCUUGUCCAAUACGCCGGGACAGGCAAACUUCCAGCGUCUAUUUCCAAUGGGUGGUGUCAUUCUGAUAACAGAAGAUUUUAUGAUUCGCCGCCCAGAGGGGAUUCUCAUCUUCCUUGACUAUUUUUACUGCAUGUAUUUCAAGGGCCGAUAUCCUGGUACUUGGAAAGUCAUGUUCCGGCCCGAUGUACUGAACUGGCUGAUGACCUUAUACGAGAAGGACAAAGGUCCGGUGUAA